AUGGUAUUCUUCCAAUUCAUCCUCACCCUCUUUGGAAGCUUUCGGAAACAUUGUUCAAGCAAAUGGCUCACCUUCCUCCUCUGGUCUGCUUUUCAGUUGGCUGAUGUUGCAGCCACCGCUUGCCUUGGAAUAUUAACCAGCUUUCCUGGUGAUGAACUGAACAAGAUCGCCCCAAUUUGGUCUUCUUUCCUUCUAUUGCAUCUUGGAGGCCCUGAUACCAUCGGGGCCAUCUCUUUAGUAGACAAUGAACUCUACUUUAGACACUCCAUUCAGCUCCUCUACCGAGUUGGAGUUGCUGUCUACAUCGAUGUCAAAAUAUUCCUCGUCAGAGCUGUAAAUUUUGGAGGCUCCAUCUCCUCGUUUGCCGAGAGGACAUGGGCUUUUCACCCAGCAAACAUGGGUAAUCUUAGAGAUUCCAUGCUUCCUCCUCCUAAUUCAGGGCAAAUUCCAUUAGUCCCUGAUGAUGACGAUGAUCAUCCCCACUUCAUUCACAUGGAUGAAUAUGCUUUCGGGAUUGUGGUGGCAACAGAAGUGGCUCCUGCACCGACACCGAAUGAUAGGUCAUUAUUGAAAGAGCAAUUAGAUUUUGAUAAGGCAAUAUUACUACGAGCCUACCAAUAUUUCUGCAGUUUCAAGUGCCUCUUUGUGGAUCUCGUGGUCCCCUACUCUAAUAAUAUUAUCAACACCCAUAGAUUCUUCUUACAAUACCCUUGUGAAGUUGCCUUCCAACUCAUUGAUGUGGAGCUUAGGUUGAUGUACGAUAUGCUCUUCACCAAAGCCGUUGUUGUUCGUACUUCUCUAGCCUGCAAUUUACGAUUCCUUCGAUAUUGUGCCAUUCUCUAUGCCUUAACAGUGUUCAUUCGGAGUGGCGAGGUAUCCUAUUCCAUAGAAGCAGUUAUUUUCUUUACUUGGGCACUUGUUCAAGAAAAGUACGAAAUCAUUCAAAUGCUUCUAUCGGAAUGGACUGUCGUCUGGCUGCAUAAGCACAACUUCAAAAGGCUUUCGACGAUAAUUUUGAAACUCAUCCACUGCAUCAGCACACAGAUCAAUUGA